UCUUAUCCAAAAUACGUAGUACAAUAGAUACAGACCGAUAUGGGCGCCUUGAGAACACCAUUAGUAAGCAAGUUCGUUAUAAUCAUCCUCAUCCUUGUUGGAUUGUCAUCAGUCUCCAUUAGCAAUGCUGCGAAGAGCUUCUACAUUGUAGGUGACUUGGGUCCAUGGGGAUUUCUCGAGCACUAUGAUUCUUGGGCUUUCAAGAGGUCCUUUGUUGCAGGAGAUGUAGUUGUUUUCAAGUACCCUGCUACGGUGCACAACACUGUUCGCGUAAGUAUUGCGGGAUACAAUAGUUGUGAAGCUACUAAGACAGAAUCAAUGAACGCGUCGUGGACAGGAAAUGAUAUGUAUUCACUGAGAAAAGGAUAUAACUACUUCAUCUGUGGCAUUCCAGGACAUUGCAAUGCAGGCAUGAGGAUCAAGAUUUUUGCCAAGUAGAAAGCCUUUGACAGAUGAUGCUAAGCGACUAGCCAACCAAGUACUAGUUUUUUAAAAACAGAUGAGUGAAACCUUGAUAAUGUCAUCGUGCAUCUUUGUUUCCAUGUAAACACAUGCUAAUACUUCAAAUCUAAAUCUUCCCUGCUGAAACAUCACUAAAAGUUAUUCCCUUCG